GCGAGCGAGCGAGCGAGAGUGGCACACGCAGAGCCUCACUGUCGGGCGACCAAAAAUACACCACAAUAACUGAACAAAUCUGGAGAUUUUGAUGGUAAUAGAAUCAUUCCAAUCUUCAAUUUCAGCCAUUAACAUUCCCUCCACCAACUUAAAUCCGUUUUAAAAAACAUGCCGAUUCCAAGACCUUCAUUUUCUUCACUUCCAUCAUCGUCCUUCCCAAUCCCUUCCAUUUCCAAACCAAUUUUUUCAUUCUCAUGGAGAAGCGAUCCUCACGCCAUGAAGAUGGAAAAGAAUCCUCAAAAUCCAAGCGAAGAGAGCUAGGCCUCUCCUGCAUGUUAAACACCGAAGUUGGCGCCGUCCUCGCCGUCAUCCGCCGUCCACCGUCGGAACUAAACGCGCCGUACAUGUGCACCGCAGACGACACUUACGAUUCGUCUAUCCAACAAUCCUUGAAAUCCCUUCGAGCUUUAAUAUUUCAACCACAACAAAAAUGGCGAACCAUCGACCCAUCCAUCUAUAUUUCUCCGAUCCUCGACGUGAUACAGAGCGACGACAUUCCGGCGGCCGCCACCGGCGUCGCUCUCUCGGCCUUGCUGAAAAUAAUAAAGGUCGAAAUCUUCGAGGAGAAGACUCCAGGAGCCAAAGAUGCAAUCAAUUUAAUAGUAUUGGGCAUCACUAAUUGCAAAUUGGAGAAAACUGACGUCGUAACCGAAGACGCCGUGAUGAUGAAGAUUCUGCAGGUUCUCGCCGGAUUAAUGAACCACAGAGCUUCGUAUCUGUUAAACGAUCAAUCAGUCUGUACCAUUGUAAACACGUGCUUCAAUGUGGUUCAACAAUCAGCUAGCAGAGGGGAUUUGCUGCAACGGACGGCAAGGUACACGAUGAACGAGCUGAUACAGAUCAUAUUCUCGAGAUUGCCUGAAAUAGAGUUUAGAGAUGGGGAGGAUUCGGAAUCAGAUACAGAAGAUGCAGAUUUAGGGGGGAGUAUGGAUUCAGGGUAUGGAAUAAGGUGUGUGAUUGAUGUGUUUCAUUUUCUGUGUUCGUUGUUGAAUGUGGUGGAAACGGCGGAAGUGGUGGAUGGGUUGGGAUCCAGGACGGCGGAUGAGGAUGUUCAGCUGUUUGCAUUGGUUUUGAUAAAUUCAGCGGUGGGAUUAAGUGGAGAUGCGAUAGGGAAGCAUCCCAAGUUGUUGAGAAUGAUUCAGGAUGAUCUGUUUCACCAUCUUAUUCACUAUGGGGCCCGUUCUAAUCCCCUGGUCUUGUCCAUGAUCUGCAGUACAGUUUUGAAUGUCUAUCACUUCCUUCGCAGGUUUGUUCGACUUCAAUUAGAAGCUUUCUUUAUCUACGUGGUGUUGAGAUUAGCAUCGUUUGGAAACUCAACUCAAAUCCAAGAAGUUGCACUUGAAGGCAUUAUCAACUUCUGCAGGCAGUCCUCCUUCAUUCUAGAAUUCUAUGUAAACUACGACUGUGAUCCCCUUCGUUGGAAUUUGUUUGAGGAGAUCGGGAAGCUGCUAUGUAAGCUCUCAUUUCCCAUGGGAAGCCCCUUAACCACUUUACAGAUCCAAGCUUUCGAGGGAUUAGUAAUUAUGAUUCACAACAUUGCAGAAAAACUUGAAAAGGAAGAAAGUUCUGGUGGCAUUUCAAGGGUAUAUCCUGCUCAAGUCAAUGUGUAUAGACCUUUUUGGGAAGAAAAAUCCAAAGAUGACUUACAGUACGAGAAUUGGCUUGAUUAUGUGAGAGUAAGAAAGGCACAGAAAAAGAAGGUAUUGAUUGCUGGUCACCAUUUCAAUCGAGAUGAAAAGAAAGGUUUAGCGUAUUUGAAGCUGUGUCAAUUGGUUUCUGAUCCUCCAGACCCGAAGGCUUAUGCUUUCUUUUUUCGGUACACUAAUGGAUUGGACAAACAGCUCAUUGGUGAAUAUCUUGGAGAUCCUGAUCAGUUUCAUGUAAGAGUUUUAACAGAGUUUACAGACACCUUUGAAUUUACAGGCAUGAUUUUAGACACAGCUCUUCGAACUUACCUCGAGACGUUUCGCUUGCCGGGAGAGGCACAAAAGAUUCAUCGCAUAUUAGAGGCAUUCUCAGAGAGAUUUUAUGUCCUACAAUCUUCAAAUACCUUUGCGAGUAAGGACACAGUAUUUGUACUUUGCUAUUCUUUAAUCAUGCUGAAUACUGAUCAACAUAAUCCACAAGUGAAGAAAAAGAUGACAGAAGAUGAGUUCAUCAGGAACAACAGAGAAAUUAACGCAGGGAAAGAUCUUCCUAGAGAUUAUUUAUCUGAGCUUUUUCAUUCGAUUUCGAAUCAUGCAAUUAUUCUCUCACCACAGUCAGGUUUGCAAUUUGAUAUGAACCCCAGCAAAUGGGUUGAGUUGAUGAAUAGGUCCAAGAUUAUACGACCUUUCAUGUUGUGUGAUUUUGAUCCUCGCUUAGGCAGAGACAUGUUUGCCUGCGUUGCUGGUCCUUCAGUUGCAUCUCUUGCAGCUUUCUUUGAGCAUGCAGAUGAAGAUGAGAUGCUAAAUGAAUGCAUUGAAGGACUGUUCUCUAUUGCUAAGAUAACACAGUAUGGAUUGGAGGACACUCUUGAUGAACUGCUAGCCAUAUUUUCUAAAUACACCACUCUAUUGAACCCAUACGCAUCUACCGAAGAAACACUUUUUGCAUUUAGUCAUGAUUUGAAGCCAAAACUUGCCACUCUAGCAGUUUUCACGAUUGCAAACAACUUUGGAGACUCGAUUCGAGGGGGUUGGAGAAACAUUGUUGAUUGCCUACUAAAACUCAAACGACUUAAACUACUUCCCCAAUCUGUUAUUGACUUUGAAGUAGCUUCCACUACAUCAAAUGAUAUGGCAAAGUCAGAUUCAGGUGUAAUUUUCCCUUCUCAAGAUCCUAAAUUUGGCACCCAGCAAUCUUCUGGCAUGGCCAGUAGAUUUUCGCAAUUUUUAUCACUUGAUAGUAUGGAAGAUUCCUUAUCUCUCAACUUAAAUGAAUUUGAACAAAAUUUGAAGUUUAUUAAGCAAUGUCGAAUUGGGAGCAUCUUUAGCAGCAGUUCCAGCUUACAUGAUGAGGCUCUGCUCAAUCUUGGGCGAUCUUUAAUAUUUGCCGCUGCUGGAAAAGGACAAAAGUUUAGCACACCAGUUGAAGAAGAAGAAACAGUCGGAUUCUGUUGGGAUCUAAUCACAACAAUGUCCUUGGCUAAUGUAUACCGGUUUCAGAUUUUCUGGCCUAGCUUCCAUGAGUAUCUACAAACAGUUGUUCAAUUUCCUCUUUUCUCUGCAAUCCCAUUUGCAGAAAAGGCUGUUUUAGGACUUUUCAAGGUAUGUCUUAAGCUCCUUUCCACUUACCAACCUGAGAAACAUCCUGAGGAACUCAUCUUUAAGUCCAUAAAUUUAAUGUGGAUGCUUGAUAAAGAGAUUCUUGAUACUUGCUUUGAGUCGAUAACACAAUCAGUAAGCAAGAUUAUAAUCGAGUACCCAGCAAACCUCCAAACCGCAAUUGGUUGGAAGUCACUCCUUCAUUUGUUGUCAGCCACUGGUCGACAUCCUGAAACUUAUGAGCAAGGAGUCGAAACUUUGAUCAUGUUGAUGUCUGAUGGGACGCAUAUUACCCGCACAAACUAUACCUUCUGCAUAGAAUGCGCCUUUAGUUAUGUUGCACUCAAGAAUAGCCCGUUGGAUAAGAACUUGAGAAUUUUAGAUUUAUUGUCAGAUUCUGUAAAUUUCUUGGUCCAAUGGUACAGGAAUUACUGUGCAGAAUCAGGGAACAGUUAUAGUGUAGCAAGCAAUGCAAGUAGCUCCUCAGAGGACAAAGGUUUAGGAUCUAAUUUUGCCUUGACUUUAUUUAUCAAACUGGGCGAAGCACUCCGAAAAACAAGCUUAGCUAGAAGAGAAGAGAUACGAAACCAUGCCGUCAUAUCUCUCAAGAAAAGCUUUAUGUUGGCAGAAGAACUGGAUUUCACCUCGACCAACUGUAUCAACUUUUUUAACCUUGUAGUUUUCGCAAUGGUAGAUGAUUUGCAUGAAAAAAUGCUGGAGUACUCGAGAAGAGAUAAUGCAAAAAGAGAGGCAAGAAGCAUGGAGGGAACUCUAAAGAUUUCAAUGGACCUCUUGACAGAUGUUUACUUGCUAUUCCUGAAACAAAUAUCAGAAAGUUCAGGGUUCCGAACAUUUUGGCUUGGGAUAUUGAGAAGAAUGGAUACUUGUAUGAAGGCUGACCUUGGCAGUUAUGGUGAAUCAAGUUUGAAAGAUUUAGUCCCAGAAUUAUUGAGAAAAAUAAUCACGAAGAUGCGAGAAAAAGAGAUAUUGAUGAAGAAAGAAGGCGAUGAUCUAUGGGAAAUAACGUACAUCCAAAUCCAAUGGAUUGCUCCUGCCAUCAAAGAGGAGCUUUUUCCAGAAGAAAGCUUUUGAACAGGACACAAGUAGCAACAUAAGGCAGAAAAGGAUUUCCAUAGGAGUUCCCGAAACAAAUUUCUA